UAGUAAACAAAGGGAUUUCAUGAACGAUUGCUAGCAAUCACUUUAUUUGUUGAUAGGAGAAGGGAUCGGGUGCGUGAUUUCCACGGUGGUUGAUGAACCUCUUACCUUAUCUCUCAGGCAAUACUCUUUCUCUCUAAACCUUCAAAUUUCGCAACUUUCGCCUCUUUCUUAUCUAAUGUUGUUUAUUUGCCUAACAUCAUCAUCGUCUGGAGAUUCCCAUGUUUUCUCAUUCUGUUUCUUGAUGUGUUCUUGUCUGAGGUAGAAAGUAUAGGUUAAACUCAAAGUUCAAAUUUUUCGAUUACUUAGGCGUCAAAUUUAUGAGCUUUGUAUGAAAAGCAAAUCCCUGAAAAAUUUUAAGCCCUCAAUUUUAAGGGAUACCAAAUUGGUAUAAAAGGGUUGGUUUUGUGAGGUGUAUAUAGCUAAGUUGGGAAAUCAUUGAUAGAAUUUAGUUCUUAAUCCCUUUUCCCCUCUCCAUAUAAUGGUAUCUAUAUUUUCCCUUAACCAUUGCCCUAUGUAAACCAUUUUGAUGCACCUGUAGGAGUAGUUCUUGUGUUAUAUUUGCAUAUGAUUUAACAUGGUCUCUCUGGGUUCCUUUUUUCUGCUAUUCUAGUUGCUUUUAGGCAUUUUUGUAGUUAGAAAAUGGAGCAUGACCUAAUAUCGAAUCUGCCGAAGACAAUCCUUCAUGACAUUCUGUCAAGGCUGCCUGAGAAAGAUGCUGCUAGGACAAGUGUUCUGUCCAAGGUGUGGGCGGAAACGUGGUUUACGUUUCCCAUCUUGUCUUUUUCUGAUACUAAAAUCAUAGGGACAUUUCCGCAGCCACAGGGUGAUUUUCUGAGGAAACGGAGAAACUUCGUUGAUCAUGUGAAGAGAACAUUGCUAAGGUUCUGUGACCAGGACUUAGCAAUCAAAGAAUUUAAGCUCAUUAUCAACUGUUUUGACCUUCAGUAUAUGUCCCGGGAUGUUGAUUGUUGGAUGAAGUUGGCUAGUGAAAGCGGUGUUGGGGUACUAGAACUUUGUCUGCCUGAUGGCCCUGAGCAAGAUGAGGAAGGUCAGGACCGGUGCUAUAUCUUGCCAACAGGUAUCAUCGAAGCCAAAUCGCUUUAUAAGUUAGUGUUGAUGGGGGGAAUCAGAGUUGAUCAAGCAUUCCUGAAUCAUUCAGUCAAGUUUUUCUCAUUAAGAGUGUUGUCAUUGUGGCUCGUCCUAUUGGGAGAUGAACAGGCGAUUGAACAUCUCAUUUCUUGUUGUCCUUUGAUUGAACAUAUAACUUUGAAGUGCUGUUCUGUAUUGCACCAAGGUGGCGCAGGAGGUCUAGUUGGGUCCCAGACCUCAAGGAUGCAUUCUAUACGCAUGCUUGGUCUGCCAAAGCUUAAGGAAGUUGAUAUUCAAGGAAUUCAGGAGGUUAUCAUUGAUGCUCCAAGUCUAGAGUAUUUCUGUUUUUGUCCUGGUGGUGAUUUGAAUGCACCUUUUAAGAUGGACAUUGACAAGUGUAGAAAUUUGAGAGGGUUACACUUAUGGUCAUUGAAGAGCACUACUAUCACAGACAAGUGGUUUCUUGAUCUAUUUCCUAAAUUUCCUUUCCUUGAGAGUUUGAAAUUCGUCAAUUGCACAAUGUCCGAGACAAUUAAUAUUUCAAGUGCUAAAUUGAAGCUCUUGGAGUUAUCUAAUUGCUCCAACUUGAAGGAGGUCAACAUUGAUGCUCCAAAUUUAGUGUCAUGUGGAUAUUGUGGUGAUGGUGCUUCAAAACCUGUUAUAUCUUUUCUGAAAAGUUCUAGUCAAUUGGAAGUCAAUGUUCUGAUCCACAUUGAUUUUAUGGAUCUUGGUAACUUGAGGGAAUUCAUCCAAAACUUCAAACCUCAAAAUGUUUUGGCGUCACUAUCCCUGUUUAUCCACCAGCCAAUUGUAGACGAAUUGAACUUAGAUGUCUUGCAAGUUUUGUCCACUCCACCAAGCAUCAAACAUUUGGACCUCCGUGCUGUUCCAAAAAAUAAAACUUUGUAUCUGCCUCUUGUCAAUAGUUUGCUUUCAAGUUGCUGUCCUGCAACUAUUUCGUUGAGCUUGCAUUCUUUUUUCUGCAGCAGAGCAUUCAUUGAGUUUUUCUAUGAAACACUUAUGAGAAGAAAAGAAGAGGAGUGCUUUUGCAGUUCUGGUCAUACAAAGUGUUGGUGGCAUGACUUGAAGGAUGUCAAAGUCUCAACCUCUACAAAAACCAAUGAGAAUGUUGAUUUCAAGACCAUGUUAGAUGCAUUGCCAACUUUUUCACCUCAGGAAAAUAUUAGCUUUAGGUUGGAAUUGUAAGAUUGUUAUCAACUGAUAGACUGCUUAUGUAGAAGUUUGUUGAUACAAAAUAAUAUGAACAUCCUUCUUGUUCUAUUUCUGACUUUAGCCAAAGCUCUUGUAUGCAAGCCAAGAAACUGGGUGAAAUAUAAAUAGGUU